AUGAGCGACAGACGAAGAAUCAAUGGGCCUGCAGCCACGACCAGCCCUCCGGUGUUCGCGCCAUACCCACAAACUGCGACGCCGUUGCGGCAACGAGUGAGGAAACCAAAUGAACUGCGCAGGAUUUUUCUACAAACUGGAAUAAUACCGUCAGCCAGUGGCUCAGCGUAUCUUGAGCUUGAAAGUCCUCCGGAACCGAGACCUUUUCUUGUUCCUACAUCCUCCACCAUAAAACUGUCAUGCUCUGUACAUGGGCCGAAACCAUUACCGCGAACCGCAUCAUUCUCGCCGAAUGUACAACUGACCGCCUCUGUCAAGUUUGCGCCGUUUGCGACCCGUGUCCGACAAGGCUACGUUCCUAACCAGACUGAAAAGGAUCUGGGAUUGCACUUGGAAAAUGCCUUGAGAGGCGUUCUCCUGCCAGAUCGAUGGCCGAAGAGUGCCAUUGACGUUGCGGUCACAGUCCUCGAGGGAGAAGAUGACCAAGAGGAGGGAGAUCGAUUCGCGGGGCUCGGACUCUUCAACCUGCUGGCGGCAGCAAUUAAUGUGGCUAUGGCGGCGCUGGCAGAUGCGAGGAUUGACUGUUUGGAUCUGCUGGCCGCAGGUGUCGGAGCUGUUAUCCCCGGGCCCGACUCAAAGCCUCUGCGAGUGCUGGAUCCUGCGGCUGUCGAGCACAGUGAGAUACAGUCUAGCUGUGUGGUGGGCUACUUGUCUUCGAGGGAUGAGAUUGUGGAAAUGUGGUCCAGUGGUUCUAUCUCAACCCAGAACGCCAAUGCACCAACUGGCUUCGAUGAACUGGUUGGUGCUGCCGUUGCUGCUGCACGGGGAGCCCAGACCGUGAUCAAGGAAGCCUUGCUUGAAUCCAUGACAAGAAGCCAGAUUACCGUCAAGAAAACCGCCCAGGGAGAAAUGAAUGAUGUUGAAAUGAAUACAUGA